UCCAAAUGUAAAACAAAAAUACUAAUGAUUCAUGCAGUACAAGUAAUCAAAUGAGGAUUAAAGUUUUGUUAGAAUUUUUAUUGAAAAUUAUCAUGAUCCUAAUAAUAAUAAUAGUGAAUAAUUUGAAAAUUGUCACUACACAAUCAUGGCAAACUACAUUACGUUUAGCAAAACGACAUACACAUCAUUAUGAUAUAGAUAUUUUAAAAACUGCUAUAGAUAAUUAUGCAUUUCAAAUGAACAGACGAAGAACAACUAAUCUUGACAAUGUAACAAUACAUGAUUAUGAGAAAAAUUUUACAAAUUUCAAUGCUGAAUUAGAUAAUACUGAGUUAGCAUUAGUGAAUUAUAGCAGUGAUACAAAUACAUUAGUUGAUUAUCUACAAGAAAAUAAUUAUUUUUCAGAUCAAACAAUGAAAAAUUCAAAAAAUACCAAUUUUAAAAAUUCUUUAUUUACACAAGUUCACAGUGUAUCAACUACACUGUUCACUUGGAAUCUAUUACAAUUUUUAUUUGGUUUAUUAUGUUUUAUAAUACAUGUCACAUGGUUCAUCUGGUUAAUUUGUCAUGCGAUAUUGUUGAAAAUACAUCAGAACACAAUGAUUUCUAAUGCUGAAAUGAUUUCCCAUUCCAAUCUAGGAGAGAUUAUUGGAUGUGAUUUACUUGUGAAACAUUAUCAGUUAAAAAUGCAUGCAGAAUUACAUUUAGGCUUUGUAGGUACUAUCUAUGGAUUUAUUAUAUCAAUUAGGCAAUUGUCAAGUUUUUUCAUCGAUCAUAAAUCCACUACUUCCUUAGAUCAAUCCAGUUUGAUUCAUCGAAAUUAUUUGCUAUGUUAUUUUACAAGGAAUAUAUUACUUGGACUUUUAACCGUUUAUUGGAUUACUAUAUUUAUCAUAAUUCUAAUCAAUAUACAUUAUGUAAAAUCAAUUUAUUACAUGAAUACUAUCAAAAUUCCAUUAGUUAGUAAUAUAAUUGUUAUUUUAUAUAUAAGUUUUAUCACUUCAUGGAUAUUUUCUAUUGUUAUUAGAAUGGGCAGUCUGUUAAUUAAUAAUAAUUUACAAAGAUUUACAUUGAAACAUUUAACAGAUUCAAAUCAUGCAUCUACUAAACAAUUAUUAAAUUUUGAAUGUAUGAAUACUAAAAAUUUAGAACAUCAAAAGUUAUAUUUUCAUACAGUAUGCAAUCGAACAACAUUUGAACAAUGGCUUGAAAUUAUUAUAAAUGUAUUAAGUGAUAUUUUACCAAAUUUUUUAGUCUUUAGUGUUAGCAUCUUUAAUUGUUUUAUAUCAUUUAAAUCACAGAAUAAUUCCGCCAAACGUUUAAAUCCAUAUGAACAAACAAUGAAACAUUUAACAUGUAAUAAAAUGAAUAAUAAUAAUAAUGAAAAUACAAUGAAAUUUGAUAAUUUUUCAAAAGAAUUGACUUGUUCACCUGAGAUUAAUAAAAAUACAACAGAAAUGUAUACUGCCUCAACAUCAUCAUGUUUAACUUAUCAGUGUGAUCUUCUUCCAACACAAAGAAAAUAUCAAUCAGAAGAUAAUAUACUAUACAAACAAACAUCACAAUUGAACGCAUCACAAAAAUUGUAUCAAAUAAUCUAUUUUUCCAUAUGUUUAAUGAUAUUAAGUUUAUGUUUAUUGAUUGCUCAUUUUCUACGUUUAAUAAUCUAUGGGAAUUUAAUGAGAUCACAAGUUAAUUAUUGUGGUUCAUGGAAUUUUAAUCAAGGUUUAAAUGAACCUGAAAAUAUUCAAUUAUUUAAAUUAGUUCAUGAAAAUCUACACAUUCCUCAUCAACAUUUACAGGGUUGUAUUUUAGCGGAAAUAUUCAUUACUACAUUUGUACCGAUUGUAUGUUUUGUUUUGAGACGUUGUCACACCAUAUUUUACACAUCAUGCUUUAAAAUACAUCAAUCAAAUAAUUUAGAACGAACACUUAGUGAUGAGGUAUAUAAAGAAAAAUCUGAAUUUCUGUGUAACAAAUCAAUAAAAACGGAUUACAGCAACGUGUCUAAACUUGCAGUACCGAUUGGUUCAUAUAUAUCAUCAACAACUACCGAUGAUCCCGGGACUCAAAGUACUAUCACAGCAUCAUUAUCAUCUACAACACAAUGCUGUCAAUCAUCAACGGAUACCAUAAUUCCACCUUGUGAAUUAUUAAAGUUACAAAUGUUUACAAGAGCACAAUUUGAACAAAAACCUCAAAUUAACGAGUCCCCUUUAAAAACCACAUAUACAAGUUUUCCAAUAUAUACAAAAGAAGUGCCAGAACAGCAAACAUCAACAACUUUUGUACCGGUGUCUAUAAAACUAGUAAAUUUACAACCUUUAUGCUGUCAACCAUGUGAUUUAUUUACAGGUGGUACAAAAAUUGAAUCUAAACCAGAUGACAAUGUGAUCGAAUGUGAAUAUUUAAGUAAUAGCUGUAUUUAUCCUAUUGGAAAUACAGCAUCAGUUGUAAAGUUACAUGUUGUAUCAGAUUCCAGUGGAUAUGAUGAAUCAUGAAAUAACUUAUGGAAGUUUAAACAAAGUGUAGAAUAGGAAUACAAUGAAAUAAUUUCAAAUAUGUUAUGAACUAUGGCAAGUUCUUCCACUGUAUCAGAGUAUUUGUAAACCGUCAUGUAUAUGUAUAUAUAUAUAUAUAUAUAUGUAUGUAUAAUUGUAAAUAAUAAAAAUU